UCUGGGGCCGGGUCAGUGCAUGCGGCGGGCGGGCGACUGGGGGUGGCGCGUACUCGGCGUCGUCGUCGGCGGCGUCGGACUCGGACUCGGGCGCGGUGGCUUUGGUCGCGGGCAUGUCUGCGUCGGACGACUCGGCGUCGCUCAGGGCAGCUGGGGCGCGUCAGUACGGGCGCAGUGGGCGCAGCGGGCGCGGGCAGGCGGGCUCACGCGGCAUGGCGGGCGCGGGCUGCAGUAUGUGGAUGCGCGGGCUGCAGUGCGUAGAUGUGCGGGCUGCAGUGCGUGGAUGCGCGGGCUGCAAUGCGUCGGGCGCGGGCUUCAAGGCGUCGGACGCGGGCUUCACGGCGUCGGACGCGGGCUUCAAGGCGUUGGAUGCGGGCUUCAAGGCGUCGGACGCGGGCUUCGAGGUGUCGGACGUGGGCUUCGAGGCGUCGGGCGUGGGAGCGCAAUGGGUCAAUCGACGGUCCCAGUCGCGCGACGGAGAGCUGCUCGACGACGCGACUGGGCUGCGCGCGCCGCCCGCUAGGUAGCGACCCCGGCCUUGGCAGGGAAAGUUUUGGUUUUG